CUUCAACCUGCAUCCACGGAUGGAGCGACCGUGCUCGACGUUCAAUUUCGACCCUUUCUCUGGGAGCAGCGCCAUGCAUGGGUCCUUAGCGUGCUGCGUAAGGAGCAAGCGCGAACGGUGCUUGAUAUUGGGUGCGGAGAGGGGUCUUUACUGGCGACUCUAUCGCAACCUGCCCAGGCGGUCUUUGACCCCACACUCACAAACAUCGAGAGUGAAUCAUAUCGCGAUCUCUAUCUGGACCGCAUUGCAGGACUCGAUAUCGUGCCAACUGAACUGUCCAAAGCCGAACGUGUAACUGUCCCAUCGAGUCCUGCAGCUCAGCCAACGCAAAACUCGUGGAUCAGAGAGCCAAUACGAUGGAGUUCUUUGGAAGUCAAGCUUUGGCUAGGCAGUCUAGAUGUCUAUAAUCCGGAACUAAACGCGUACGAGUACAUGGUCGCAAUGGAGGUGAUCGAACAUCUUCCACCCGACAUUCUUUUAAAAUUCGCUCCCAUGAUUCUUGGUCGAUACAGACCCAAGGCCCUUCUCGUCACGACACCAAACUACAACUUCAGUCCGCUCUUCACUGCUCCAGGAUAUACCGAUCCGAACGCAUAUCCAGAUCCCACAGGUCGGACAAGCCGUUUCUUCCGGCAUGAUGAUCACAAAUUCGAGUGGACAGAAGAUGAAUUUCGCGCAUGGUGUGAAGGCGUUGCUCUUGACUUUGGCUACGAAGUUGAAGUGGACGGCGUCGGAAGGUCCAUCACAGAAGAUCCGUACGGCCGAAUAUCUCCAUUUGCGUCCCAGGUAGCGGUCUUUCGGCGUGAGAUGGAACGGACAGGACUAUCAUCGCAGAAACAGAAAGCUGAGCUGAUAGGCUCAUCGCCGCAUACACUUGUUGCUUGCCACCUGCACGAACCGCACCCAUCAGGUGGUAUUUUCAAGCCAACCAAAGACAUCAUGGACCGUGUAGAAGAAGUUUUCCACGAGGUAGACUGCGGAGCGCUAACCUUGCGCGACCUCUGGAACGAUUGGAAACUUCCUUACCUGUGCGGCGGUGCUCUGGGCUGCUUGUUGAAGGCGAUUCGGAACGAGGGCGACGAGUGGGAAAUUCAUCAGACGGAAGAAAGCAAGAAAUAUCGAUUGGCGAUGACGGUGAUCUGGAAGACUUUUGUUCCGAAGCCACCGCAGAUCGAUCCAGAAGAAGAUCGGGAAAGUCUUUUGUCCUUUGCGGUGGAGGCGGAUGAGGACGAAGAAUACCAGAAUGAGCACGGGGACUGGUCUGAGCAGGAUGGCGGCAGUGACGUUACGGGAAACCAGGGCGACUGGGGCUGGGCAGACAAUUCCGUCGUUGCACAACAGUCCUCCGAAUGGGGUGAGGGUAUAGGUUGGGGAACGAAAGCUGACAGUACGGAAGCACACGAUACCAAACAUACUUUUUAG